GCCAUUCGAACGAAGCAAGAUCUUCAUUUGCAACUAGUUUUCCAGUGGACACAUACGAAGAAGGAAGAAAUGAAAAUCGCGACAAAUCGAACCGGUUUCAUGAUUUUCGGUUUAAAGUGGUGUCAAAACGAUUCAAUACAAAAAUCAAGUUGUUCACCAACGUUUGGAAAUUAUGAUAAAUUUCAGGAAUUCAAAAUGAGUCAGGUUUUAUGAGAAGGCGUAAAAAAAGAAGAAGAAGAAAAAAAGAAGUGAUAAAUAUACGGGAAAAAGAAAGAGGAGUGGAGGAUUAAAAAGAUUGCAAAAUAUAUAUAUAGAGAGAAAAAGAGAGAGAAAGAGAGAAAGAGGGAGGAAAGAGAAGGAAGCAAAAGAAGAAAUAAAAAAAAGAAGAAGAAGAGAAGAAGAGCAACAACAAGAAGAAGACAAAGUGGAGGAACCAGUUCCAGGGUUCAACAGUUGGGUCGAAGGUGGUUAAAGUCUUAGUGAACUUGAUCAGUGUUACCUCUACACAUCGACGAGAAUAAACCCCCGCCUUCAUCGCACAGCCUCCCUGCUGCAAAAGCGGCAGCGAAGAGCAAAUAUACAGUGUUGUAGGAAAGAAAACGUCGUUAUUUCAAACACAGCAGAGGCCUUUUGAGUUUUGCCUUUGGUCUCUGUUGCAUCCCACUAGUUGGAUCCUCAUCAUCCUCAUCCUCAUCAUCAUUUUCAUCAUCAUCAUCAUUUUCUUCUUCUAUCUCUCCAACUAAUCAAAAGGAUUUAUUACAAAAAGAGGACAAAAUGAAGGACAAAACAAAAGACACAAUUUUGGUACCACCAGAUGGCGGAUGGGGGUGGGUAAUCUUAACAUCUGCCGUUUUGGUAAAUGUCCUUAUACCAGGGACAGUAAAAUCAUUCGGGGUACUUUUUGUCGAGUUCCUCGAAGUUUUUCAAGCAUCACCAACCACAGCAUCCUGGAUGCCUGCAUUAUGUUAUUUUCUUUAUAGUUCUCUUGGACCGUUGUCGAGUGUCCUGUCAAUGAAGUAUUCCUACAAAACUGUAACAAUGGUCGGCGGAGCGUUUGCAGCAUCCGGAAUGAUGUUUAGCUAUUUCGCCACCUCUGUACCAUAUUUGUAUGUUAGUUAUGGAAUUAUGGUUGGCAUUGGGGCAGGAUUAACAUGUCCUGUUAGUGUCUACAUAGUGACGGAAUAUUUUCAAAAAUAUCGAGGAUUUGCAAAUGGAAUGUGCAUCUCCGGAAGUUGUUUUGGAGCUAUGAUCUUGCCGCCUCUUUUGCAGUAUCUUCUCAACACUGUUGGCUACAGGGGAGCAGUGCUGAUAAUGGGAGCAAUAACGCUAAACAGUGUUCUCUGUGGACUUCUCUAUCAUCCAGUGGAGCAACACAUGAAAAGAAUUCCCAUUACCUCUGAAAAAUGUGGAGUCGACAAUAAAGCUCUGUCUCUCGACGAACCAUCAUCUGACACCACUCAAUCAACUUAUCAAGAUCCCUCACCCCUUAAUUUGAAUCAAUCCAUCAUUAUCAAUACAAAUCUUCCAUCAUCUGAAAAAACAAACCCCAUGUCAGAUAAAGCUAAUCUCCAAUUAAGUAAUGAUACUCCAAAUUUCCAAUUGGAUGCUACCGAUAAUAAUUCAACAACACUACAAGUUGACAAAACUGAGCAAUUAAUUUUACAACCAUGUAAACUAAACAAUAAAUGGAAUCUACAACAAGACAUACAGAAAAAACCACUGGAGCGCUAUCGUAAAAUUUCAGCAGCUGAGGAUUUAAUUCUCGAGAACAAAUUCCAUGAUGAUGAUGAUAAUGAUAAUGCUAAAUCAAAAAAUCUAAAACCAAAGGUGUCGUCAAUCAUUGAAAAAUCAACUAGUCAAAUGAAUCGUGAGAAUUCCUUUUUCACAGCAUCGGCACAGGAGAAAUUUUCCCUACCAGUUAUAGAUGAAACGCCAAGAUCUCGGGUACCAAGAUUAUUUAAAAGACUUUGUUCAAAUCGUUUUGCUUGCACAAAAACUGAUCAAUUGGAUAAAUCCUGUGAGGCGAUAUUUGAUCCUGAAAAACAAGAUAUUGUCGAUGUGCCAAAAAAGAAGAAAUUCUUUGAUCUCAGUAUACUCAGGGAUCCUAUUUAUUUGGUGAUAUUGAUCUCAAAUUCUACCUCUGCCAUUAGUAAUACAAAUUUUAUGAUUCUUUUGCCAUCGUACGCAAUUGCUGAGGGUUAUGAUAAAAAUUCAGCAGCACUUUUACUAUCAAUUGUUUCAGCCCUUGAUCUCAUUGGAAGAAUUGGUGGUGCAUCAUUGUCGGAUAUUAAUUUUAUACCCAAGUAUUAUUAUUUUGUUGGUGGUCUUGGUAUUAGUGGAAUAGCACUUGCUUUAUUGCCAAUGUUUUCGAGUUAUCGUAUGCUUUCAUUUUUUUGUGGUCUUUUUGGUAUUUCAUCGGGUACAUAUAUUGGUAUAACAACUGUUGUUCUUGCUGAUAUGUUGGGUGCUGAUAGAUUAAGUUCCUCAUAUGGAAUUGCACUUUUUGUUAAUGGUGUUCUUCAAUUGUUGGGACCACCAAUACUUGGAAUUAUUUAUGAACGAACAGGAACAUAUAAGCCAAUUUUUCUUGCACUUGGAAUUAUUCUUAUAUUGGGCACAACAUUGUGGGCAAUUGUACCAAUUUUCAAAAGAAGGAAAAACAAGGAUGUCGAGGAGAAUUAAUUUAUUUUAUAAAAUAUAUUUUUUAGAAUGGUUUUUUGAGAGAAUGACGAAAUAUAACCUAGAAAUUGUAGAUAUUUUUUUAUAUUACUACGAGAUUAGUAACGUCGAGAAUUUAAUGGGGAAUUAUAUAUGUGUAUCUAAUUUCCUUAGGUAAGAAUUUAUUUUUAGGAAGAAAUUUGACUUUAAUAAAUGUUUAAAAUAGAUAGAGUAGAAUAAAAACGUGAAGUGAAGACAGAAUGGCGUCUUUGGAUGCUUUAGGAACGAUCGAUAAGGUAGAUUGCGCGCGUAAAAAUGACUCAAAUGUCAAUGCCGCGAAUUUCAAAAAAUUGAAAUUCAAACUAAUAAAAAUAGUGACCAAUAUCAAUAAUUUUAAGAAUAAAUUUUAUUUUUAUGAACAUUUUUAAAAUUUUUCUUUGUUUUAUUUUUUUUUUUUUCAUUUUAUGAUGUAUAUUUUCAAUAACGUCAAACUUGAAAUACUUCGAAAACAAAAUAUAUUUAAAAUUAUUAAAUAUAUUUAUUUUUUUAAGUAUUACUAAUACAUUGUAAAAUGUGACAUAACUUAUAUAUAUAUUUUUUUAAUUACUAGGCUUGAAUAUUUUUUUUUAUUGGAAAAAUGUGACUAAAGAAGAAGUCAAUUAUUUGUAUAAUUGCAUUUUUAAAAAAUUAUUUUUUUAAAUCUUCAAAUAAUUUCCAUUUUUUUUUUAGAAAUGGUUUUUAUUCGAAUUAUAUAUGCACAGAAUGCUAUAAAGUUUCUGUUCGUUAGAUUUAAGGUGUGUUUCAUUAUAUCAAACAGACUUUAAGUACCUGCCGAAUAAAUUUUCGGAUUAUAAUGAAUUGUAGACAAUUAAAAAAAAAAAAUUUUUCCUAGACUGAAAAUUAUUUUUUUAAAUGAACAAUUAUUUUGUUCAAUCUCUUUUUCCAUAAUAAUGAACUUUUUUUCCCAAUUGAAAAUCUGUAUGUAGAUUUUUUCAAUUAUUUAAUUUUAAUAUUUAGAAGUUGAAAAUAUUAAAAAUAAUUAGAAUAUACUCUAGGCAAAAUAAUACUUAUAUAAACAAUUUUUUAUAGGAUAAUUCAUAAUUUUAU